AGAGAUUUACAGAUGUUGGAAAGACUCCCAUCUGGAACUCAUUUCUUUCUGUCUCUGCGAGCAAAUGUAGCAUUUCAUUUUACAGAGGAGUUUAUCACACUGGAUGGGACAAAGGAAAACCUGUGGGUUGCAGUCAAUGCCUGUAUUAUCCUGUCCACUCCCCUGAAAUGUCUGUUGAGAACUCGGCCUGAAGCACUCUUGCCUUGGUGCUUCUACAACAUUCAACUUUAUGGCUAUUCUAAGGAAACUUAAUCAAAUACUGCUGCUUCUACUUGUGUUGACAAUUUGUGGCAUAUGGUAUAGCACCAUCUAUAAGGUGCCUACUAUCACGAAAGAUGAAGAUCCUGAAAUGGAAGUGGAAGAGGAGGACGUCAUUCCUGUUGUCAUUUGUGCACCUUCAGGCCGGAUAGGGGGCACUAUUGCUGCAAUUAAUAGCAUAUACAGCAACACUAAUGCCAAUGUGCUCUUUUAUAUUAUUGGUCUAAGAAACAGUUUAGUUCAUAUCAAGAAAUGGAUUGAAGGCACUCAGCUGUCUGAUAUUAGAUUUAAGAUUGUAGAAUUUAACCCAAUGGUCCUUAAAGGAAAAAUUCGCCCUGAUACAGCUUUCCCAGAACUUCUUCAACCACUGAACUUUGUGCGUUUCUACCUGCCACUGCUCACCCAGGAACACGAGAAAGUCAUUUAUCUGGAUGAUGAUAUCAUUGUAUUAGGUGAUAUUCAAGAACUUUAUGACACAAAAUUAUCAAGGGGGCAUGUUGCUGCAUUUUCUGAUGAUUGUGACUUACCAUCACUACGAGAAAUUGCCAUGAAAAUAGGAAUACAGAACAGUUUAAUGGGAUUUCUAGACUACAGGAAGAAGUCUAUUCAGAAGCUGGGCAUAAGCCCUAGCACUUGUUCCUUUAACCCAGGAGUAUUUGUAGCCAACAUGACUGAGUGGAGGCAACAGCACAUCACAAAGAAACUGGAAAAAUGGAUGAAGAAAAAUGUGGAAGAGAAUCUAUACAGCAGUACUGUUGGAGGAGGUGUCGCUACUCCACCCAUGCUUAUCGUUUUCCACGAUAAAUAUUCCCCAAUCACUCCAAACUGGCACAUCAGACAUCUGGGAUGGAGUCCAGAUGAUCAGAUAUCUGAGAGUGUCCUUGGUGAUGCCAAGCUACUUCACUGGAAUGGAAGAUACAAACCUUGGCAAAUCCCAAGCUCACACAGCAAACUCUGGGAGAGAUGGUUCAUUCCAGACCCCACAGGAAAGUUCCAGAUCCACAAACUGUGACCCACAGCUGACUUCCCCAAGGUUGUUUACUAGCUGGUAUAUUGCUGAGGACAAUAAAGAGUACCUGUGCUGCUUAAAGUACACCUGUCAUGAGAGAGACUGCCAUUGCAGAUCCCCUUCUGAAAAUGCUAUAGUUAGCUGGCUGUUAUCCUAACAAAAUGUCUUCUGCCCUUUAUAAAUCACUGACCUGGAAAUAUGCAAAAUCAAAGAAACAUCAAAGAUUCUUAUCCACAAUAUAGGUCUGGGUAAGUGGCAGGCCCACCAACCUUCUGUGUGCAGCAGGCCCCUCAAAUACUUACCUGAGCUCCCCCUUGAUCCAGCAAUGUGCAUGU